AGGUUACAAGUUUAGACGAUGGCUUUGCCCAAGGCACCUUACAAUGUUAGCCUUGUACGAUACACAAGUGCUGACAAGGUUACAAGAUACAAAUCAUAUGACGUAAUCAUUACACAACAACCCAGAACUGUCAAUGUACCGACACGGCCGCUGAAGGGAGCUUUGUGAUUGGUCCUUUCACUUCCCAUUUCGCUUCUUCACCAAUCAGAGAUCAAGCAUCGCUAACGCGUUUUGGCGAAUGUUUAUCACUUUUGGGUUAUAUUUUUUUAUAUAGGAUUUAAACUGUAACACUUAAGGGUUUAAACUAUAACACUUAAACGAAAACAAGUUAGGCGAUACGUUACGUAAUACUCAGACGUGAGCGUUGCGGUUGCCACGUGAUCCACGGCGGCUCCAGUAGUUUUGCGCUUCCGCGUAGCGCUUCGGCUCAGUCAGGUGCCGUAACCCCUGCGGUUCUGAGUCCGUGGUGUUCUCGCGCCCCGGAGCUCGAGGCAGUCAAAGGUGCCCUGGACACGUUAGGUACGUAGGCCAAGUUCGCUACCAUAUACCUUGUGUUUAAUGGGAAGGACAAAGGCAGCUUUGCUUUUAUUAUUACAGGCUCAUGUGACUCUCGAAGCCCACAUGACCCAUGUCUUUGUGUACGGAACGUUGAAGAACAGCCAGCCAAAUUUCUUCCAAAUGAUAGACAAGAGCAAUGGGAAGGCGACGUUCUGUGGCGGCGCUCACACCGUUGAGAGAUUUCCACUGGUGAUCGCAGGCAAAUACAACAUCCCAUUUCUCCUCAACGUCCCGGGCAAAGGCCAUCGGGUCAAAGGGGAGGUCUACUGCGUCGACUCUCAGAUGCUUCAGUUCCUGGACAAAUUUGAAGGCUGCCCUCACAUGUACCAGCGCACGUCUGUUGAUCUGGAGGUCGAGGACUGGGUGGGAGAGAGUGGUACAUGUGGGUCAAAACUAGCUCCAGGCAGUCGCAUGAAGGCCUUCGUAUACAGCACCACUACCUACCAGCCGCAGUGGCUAACGCUCCCUUAUUGGGAGAAUUACGAUGCCUAUGGGGACCAUGGCCUGGCUUUUGUUAGCCGUGAAAACAGGGAUUAAUUCAGGGUUAAAGAUUAUUCUAAUAACAAAUUUUGACUUUAAAAUCUAUUGCACUUUGACUCAGUGUCUUUAAUGUAGUUUAUAAGUAGCAAGUUAAAGCUAUAUUAUUCGUUUAUUCUCUUUUCCAAAGUGACGUACAAGAUUAGAAGGAGAGAUAUUCUUUUAUCAUUAACAGAGAUUCAGCCAGGACAGAAGGCUGUUUUUGAAAUUCUUACGUGCUGUGUCUUCAUUUAGUGUUUCAGUAUCGAUGAUGGUUACUGGGAACACAUUACUCCAAGUAAUAGACAGAUAUUAACAGAUAAGUAAUCUGCUUUCUCUUAAGAAACAGAUGUACAGCACAACAGAAUCAGUUUAUUUUUAAUGUAAUUCCACCGAGUUUAAGCAUUGACAUGACAGCUAUUAGAAUAAAUCCAAAACGGCUGGUUGUGUUCGUUGUCUCUUCUUUUUCAAAAUAUGUUUAUUGUAGUCAGUGUGUAUAAUGUCAUUGUGAAUUUUGCACUAUAAUGACAUUGCUUUGGGUCACCUUGUACUUCAAAAUCAUUGCAAGAAAGGCUGUUACAAUUAUGAGCUUGUUACUUAGGUGAUGUCUUUGUCCAAGGUGAUAUUCAAGGUUUUGAAAGUAACUUUACCGGUUACUUAGAGUGACACACCCAUUUUUACAGAAUGACAUUACUACAGUAAUUCAGAGUGAAUACCUUGAUCAGGGGCAUGGCAGCAAAAGGGGGAUUCGAUCUGGGAUAUUCAAACUUCAAGGCAUACACAAUUAUGAAAGGGGAAAGAGUUAUAAAUAUGCCUUUUGGGUGCACUUUAGUUCCCUCAGUAUAGUGUCCUUUCUAUUAAGCUCCCUCAGGGUGUUUAACAGAUAUUCUACUAAAUGUUUUUUGCAAAAAAAGGAUAAAAACAAGCUUGCAUUUGAACCUAGAAAAUGGUGUGGUUUGGAGGAUUUGUCAUUGCCAUGUCACUUCCAGCAAAGUGAUGAUGUGAGAAA